GAUGCCCAAACGGAAUUUUGCCAGAUAAAAGAAUCCGGUGGUUAUUCUAAGGCCCUCCAGCAUGCUCGUGUGUUUUUCACUUGACCAGUCGACAUCUUUGGUAGGUGGCCAUCACUGUUAAGGUGUUUUGUGGAGCUUUUUAAAACAGGUUUACAAUAUUUAAUGUAUUUUUCUUGGUCACUGCGUCAAAUCAAGAUUAUCGGUUUAAGUGAGUUUCAAAACAUAUCUUCAUUUUGGCACCAUCUUGACACUAGCUUUUGUAAUAUGGCAAAAAAAUUCCCUCUCCACUUUUUUGAAAACCAAAUUCCAAGAAAAAUAGUCUCGUGACUGAUUGAAUUGCCUCAAAGGAAAUCUUUUUUUGCAUGGAACAAAAAUAUUUACUACUCUUGGAAAUCUAUCAUAAUAAAUAAUAAUAAUUAAAAAAAACAGCAACAAGAAAAGAGGAUUAAGACUGUGUCCACUUAGAGAAAACAACAAAAACAAAGAAAUAAAAAAAUCUCCACGGGGUAUCUUCCACUCCAAAGACAACAACAUUAAGAUUUUAAUCUUUUUGUGCUUUGUCAGCCUGCACAAACAUAUCAAUUGUGCAAUUUGCCUUCCUUGCACAAGCCACAUGAAUGUUGACAUCCCCAUUCAUAUGCCUUGCACACUCCUGUCCCGAAACUAAAGUGACAUAGAGCAUGUGCGUACUGUCCAAGUCAAGCCUGGCUCACCCUUAUGUGUUUAGUUUUGGUUACUACGAGGCAGUUGUGUAAACAAAUCAGGGAGAUGAUCACAGCCCUACAUGGCAGUCGGGAAACUAAGUGCGGACAUCAAGCUUUAGGAAAGUGUUGUGAGGAAGAAAAAGCCAAGCCACUUUUUCAAUGGCAUGAAGUAAAAGUACUGGAAGAUUUUUUUUUCCACGUGUAUUUUACUUCAUUAUUUAUAUUUCUCGCAAUUUUCAGUUUUAAUUGGCAACAUUUCCUAAAUCACUCUUUGUUAUUCUUAAAGGAGAAGCCAACCCCAAUUUUUUUUGUUCUGCGUAGCCCAACUAGUCAAAACACAUUCUGAUUAAUAUUUUAUAUUAAGUUUGUUUGUGGCAGGUUAUAUUAUAAUUCUGCAAAGACAUUUCAUCACGGCACUAGUUUCACUGGUGCUUAUAAAUUUAUAAAAAAAAUUAGAAACAAUAUAAAUAUACUUUUAAACAUUUUAGUGCACUUUUGUCUUUGUUACUCCCUGUCUAUCUUCAGUGUAUUGUCUGUGCAUAGAAUGAUUGCUGUUCUGUAUGAUAACUAAUACCGAGACAAGCGUUUCCAUUGGCUGGCCACGUUAUCAUGCGGAUGCAGUCAUUCCUGGUGUGAAGUCUUGUCAAAUGUCAAAAUGCCAUGCAAAUAUUCAUGCAAUUUUUAUUUUUUGCUCAAAUAUUUUCACUUUUUUUACUGUCACAGUCUUGGUUGCUACUGUUCUGUGUUACUUUUUUAUGCGAUGUUAAUAUCAGUAAAUUCCUCCCCAAUUUUAUUUGUACUCUUUGCAAUAAAAUAAUAAGCUUAAAACACACAUGAAACUAAUUAUAAUAAGAUGUUUUAACAAAUAUUACACUUGCUAGGCGAUUGAGCAAGCAGUUGUCCUGAAUGUGACUUUCCUUUUGAGUUGCACCUUCACCCUGUCAGAAUCUUCCCGAACCCACUUCCUCCUUGUCCUUGUGCCACCCGUUCAGUUUCUGCAUGCAUCUAACCGAUGCACAAAGUGAUCUUGAAUGUCUCACAGGAGACAGGAAGAGAGAAGAAGUGGCUGAAUGGCUGCAGACAUGCUCCCUGGAAGACCACCGGAACCAGAACCAUUCCACCGCCCUUCCCAUAGCCAACGGUCACUACCUGGCGCUGGUUCCAGGCAACAGGAGGCCCAUCGACCCAACUGUUGCGGCGCAGUUUGCUCAAAUUGAACAACCUUACAUCGAUGAGUACGGUGCUUUGCACGGGGAGCAAUUGCGCAGGCUCCAGCAUCACCAGGAGAAGCUUCAAGAAAUGCACCACCGCCAAGAACAAGAGAGACAGAAGAAGCAGUGGUUGGAGGAGGAGCGGCUCCGGCUUGAGCAGCAGAAGCAGCUGGAGAAACAGAGAAGGGAACUUCUGCAGCUGCAGCUGCAACAGCAGCAGCAAGAGCAUCGCCAACGCAGGCAGGUUCUACAGUGGCAACUGGAGCUGGAGCAGCAGUACCGCAUUCAGCAGAAACAGAUCCAACAACAGCAGCAGCUGAGAAGAAGUCCGACCGGAGUCAUGCUCUCGCCAUCUUCCGGUUUGUGCACCAUCUACGAAGCCAUGGAGACCAGCGACGAGGACGAUGACGCCAGAGUAGAACGUAACAGGAACAUGCAAGGACGGAGGAUGAUGAUGAUGCGAGACUUCCAGGAACAUCCAUUCCCUCCCCAAGAAGCCGAGUGGAACCAAAAGGUGGACAUUGUUCAACAGCUUAUCAACCAAACACUGAUGUUGUCUGAAAAUGGAGACUGUCCACCCCUCCUUCUCCUACCUGUGGGGACAGGUGGAACUUUGAAUCGCCUCGAUAGCAGCAAGUGGCCCAAUUUGCUGCAAGAGUUCACUCCCCCUGCUGCUACCGUCACAUCGGUCAGCAGCUACUCACCAGACGGCCAGGAGGCCUCCUCACCUGGAGACUGGACUGUGGUGGAGGUGGAGACCCAACACUAGUCAACCGGGAAACAAGGACAUAAAGGAGUUUAGUCUUUUGCAACACACUGAUUGGUAAGUUGGGUGGCAAGAUUCACAAUUAUUUUGCAUUUACGCGUUUAACAUUGAAAAAAAAUCCCUUUGACAAAUUAACUAAUCAUUUCAAAAUACACAUCAAUAAUCAUGUAAGCAGGAUAGAAUUGAAUUGGACAUUCUGAAAAACUCUGAUCAUCUGAAAUACUUCUUUCUUGAACUUUAGUGGCAAACUAAAUAGUGUCUCGCCAUCUAGUGGUUGAUAGUGAAACUACACCACAAAUAAAUGGGAAAAACUAACUGCAACCAAAAUUGUAUUUUAAAAAAAUCUCAAAAUAGCAGUCCUCUGAACCCAGAAGUGUUUUAUAGUACCGAUACUGUUAAAUAUGAUCACAGCAUGCUUCCCUGCUAAAUUUGUCUUCAUUUAAAAGCACUGCUUUCAUUCCGUUUACAUGUAUGUUGUGUGGACCAUGCAGACAUCUAUGGUGUUUUUCUUCUAUUCAGAAUUCUCUAGAACUAUUUGAUUAGAUCUCAGAUUGUGAGAGUAUACCUAGUGUGUGUAUAUGUUUCUCAAACUGACAAAUGGCACUUAUAUUUCCCUUUAUCAUGUCAACUGGAGUGUCCACACAGGUAAGUUCUGUUUACUGAUGUUCAUGUUAGUGGCCCACCAAACCCUCAGUGUGGAAAAAAAAAAUGAAACAGACUAUUGUACUCAUCAAAUAGGAUUAUUUUCAGUCUAAAAAGGCUUUGAGCACACUCAACAGCAUCCAGUCAUUAAGUGUUGCUGUGACUUCAUCGGACAACCAGGAUUUCAUGGACCCAAUAGAAGCAUCAGUCAUGGUGGACUGAAGGGAGUGUGGGAGAGAAGAAGGCCCUUCUUGUGCUGUCAUGGGAGGAGGGGACACAAUGGACGGGUGAGGGCCUUGCAAGGGUGCUGGGGGGCGUCAGGGGUGCAGUUGUUGUCAUCCCUCUCAAAUUCCAAAGCUGUCGCCUCAUUUCCUGGGUCAGCCAGCAUUCAGGGAGUCGCCAAGGUUACCGAUGAUGUCAUGGUGAGGGAAGACGGGUUUAUUUGGGAUGAGACAAUGCACCGUUUUGGGCGGGUAGCUGGUGGGGAUGGGAGGAUGGGGGGAAUCUUUAUUCUUGUAAGGUCAUUUUGCAAAAACUUGAAAAAAAAAAGUAGGUUGUUUAUAUAUUCCACUUUAUUUUAUAAAUAAUUUUGUAAAGGUGUAUUACAUGACUGGGCAAGUAGCCACAAACUUUUACAGCGUCCCACAUGGGGAACAGCUGCUUUGUUUUUUAAGUCUGACAGGGAAUUUGCGCCCCCUUGUGGCUACUACGGUCAUGGGAUACACUGAGUUGCUGGAGAUUUAAUUAAUGCCCAACAUUUUUAAAUGCAAUCAUAUCUUUAGGCUCAGCGAGCACUUUAAGGAAUGGUAAGGUUAGAAAAAUGGACCAAUAUUAAUCAUCUGAAAACUGACUUUAACUGUGAAUUCUGAAUAUCCCCAGAUAUAAGAUGUUUAGACACUUUAUAUUCACUGUAUGUUGUACAUUUAUAUGUCUUUACAAUCUUGUGUUAUUCAAAGUGUAGGAAAGCAAGCUUAACCUGAUAAUUAUAUGCGUUAAUGGAGCAACAGUGUCAUCUAAAGGCUGGAUGAGACAUUAGCCUUUGUAUUAUGAAAAAGUUUUAUACAACAAAUAUUUAUAGAACUGCUACUAUUAAAAAGAAAUUUUCUAUGUAUUAAAAAUUUCUAUAUCUGCCAUCAUGUGUGGCAUUUGAAAGCAGCAUGUGCACAAUUCAUCUAUUCUCUAGUUUUUUAAACUAAUGUGGGAAACACAAAAUAUAUUAUAUAUUAUAUAAAAUAAGAUUUAUAAGACAGACAGUAAUAUUGCUAAUAGCUGCUAUACAUUUAUAUUAAUUCAUUAAAGGUUUUAUGAAUAUCCCCUCUCUAAUGAGCACAACCAGCGUUUGCAAUGCAUGUUACUGUAUAUCAUUUAAAUUAUAUUGUCUAGAGUGCCUCAAUGUCCCCUGUUAUUUAUUCUUCAACUGCUUUCCUCCACAUUUUUCUCUAUAUUGUGUCCAAAUUUCAUGUUUAUGUAGUCACAACUGUUUACAUUGAAAAUUGUGUUGUUAUUAUGUGUUAGUUUGAUCUUGUUUUUGUUUUUUGGGUUUUUUUAACCGCACAACGACUUCUGGUGUUCCAUUUGCCAAGUCACUUCCUGUGCAAAACUGAGAUAACGCUUGUUCAAAUAAUAAAUAAAAACAGUUGUUGACAA